AUGGCUUCCAACCGUCAUGUUCUUGUGCUCGGAGGCAAUGGGAAGAUUAGCAGGCUUCUCACGGUCAUCCUGCUGGAGAAGUCCUGGACUGUGACGAGUCUGAUCCGCAACCCUGACCAGAUCGAUGACCUGAAGAAGAUCUCGGAGGGCCUGCCGGGAGACCACAAGAUCCUGGUUCACGAUCUCAUCAGAGUUGAUAGUCAGGAGAAGGCUGCCGCCAUUCUUGACGAAGUGAAGCCGGACUCUGUUGUCUUCAGCGCUGGUGGGUUGGAUCUUGGUCCGGGAGCCGUGAGAAGUAUCAUCCGCAUCGAUCGUGAUGCUGCAAUCUUCUUCAUUAAGGCCUCGGUCGCCAACAAGUCCAUCAGUCAUCAUCUCCAGGUCUCCUACUUGGGCGCUCGACGCGAGAAAGCUCCCUGGUGGACUGCCGAAGACUGGGAAGGCUGGAAGAAGGUCAACUCAACUUUCUUGGGUCCUUACUAUGAGCCCAAGACCGCCGCCGAUGAAGCUCUCGUCACUGAAGCCAGGAAGAGAGACGGCUUGACCGCUGUAUCGGUCCGCCCUGGCGGUCUCACCGACAAGGAUGAAGGGGGAGUGCUCUUGGGACAGACGAAGCAAGCUAGAGGCAUGACCACUCGAGCAUCAACCGCGAGAGUCAUGGCUUUGGUGUUGGAGAAGGAGGGCGUGAAGGGACACUGGCUGGAUGUUCUCGAUGGCGAGGAAGAUGCAGCGACUGCAGUCGAUCGUUACGUUCAUGAUGAGUCGGAGUGUGCUGAAGGAGAGCCAGUACUGAAGAACUAA